UAGACGCCCAGUACUCAUACUGGCCAUGACAGUGGAAAUCCUUGGCGGACUAUCCCUAAUAUUUUCCCCRACAAUCGGCCAGUAUAUUGUCAGUCGAUUUAUUAUAGGUCUGGGCGAUAGUGGACGCGGUGUUUGCCUGUAUCUGAUGCUAUUGGAAACGGUUGGCACAAAAUAUCGUAGCGAUGUAGUUAUGUCGACAAGUUUCGGUUGGAUUCUAGGCUAUAUAGCUCUACCCGGUUGCGCUUAUCUAUUGAAAAACUACCAGUACCUACAGGCCAUACCUACCCUAUUGGCUGCUGUCUACAUGUYCGGGUGGUUAUGGUCGAUAYCUGAAUCGCCCAGGUGGCUACUAUCGAAAAACCAAUUUGAUCGGGCUCAGUUAGUACUGGCUGGUGCAGCCAAAUUAAAUGGCCGACCAAUUGAUCAGCAAAUUAUCUAUGAUAAACUAAAUGAGCUGCAACAAAUUGAUACUACUACUACUACCAAGGAUCAACAAAUAGGACAGUCAUCAUCAUCAUCAACAACAACAAAACAACAACAACAUGGUACAAUACUUGACCUGCUAACCGUACCAGUGUUGCGCACCUAUACCCUGAUAUUUUGGUUUACAUUUAUGGUCAAUGCAUUUAUCUAUCAYGGCCUGGCCCUGAAUGUCCAGCAAAUUGGCGGCAAUUUCUAUUGGAAUUUUGCAGCUGCCGGUGCUGUCGAAAUACCAUCAAUACUGUUGAAUAUUGUUGGCCUGAAACUAGUCGGACGCAAAUGGUUUACCGUCGGUACUAUGCUCGGUGCCGGGCUAUCCUAUUUGGUUAUUGUUAUGUCGAUGAUGAUGGACACCGGUAGUAGUAGUAACCAUCAAACUAUUAGACUACUGGCCUCAAUGAUUGGCAAACUAUUGAUAUUUAGUUCAUUCAAUGCCGUAUAUAUACAUUCAGGGGAAAUAUUUCCGACAGUCCUACGCCAUACGGGUAUCGGUAGCUGUAGUAUAGCUGCCCGAUUAGGGUCAAUACUGGCACCGUAUGUCAAAGAGAUGAGUGAACAUUAUAAUUUUGGUGUAUCAAUGUCAGUGUUUGCCGUACUGGCACUGGCAGCCACUGGCCUAACCYUGAUGUUACCCGAAACUAAAGGCCAGGACAUACCCGAUCGGUUAGAGGAUGUGACCGAGUUGAGCAAUUUGAGCACCGGUAGUAAUAUUGAUGGUCAACAAUCAAUCAUUAUCAUUAGAGACUACUACUACUACUACUAA